AUGGAGAGGGAGUGGAAGGCCCACGUGAGGAGCAGCAAGCAGGCGUACCACAGGGCGCAGAACGGCGGCGUCGUCGCCACCAAGAACGAGACGACGCCCCCCGCGGACCCGCAGGCCGGCAGUGGGAGCGUUGCCGCCGCCGCCACGGCUGCUCCAGAUGCUGCAGUCUCUAAGCCUCGCAGCCAGCAGACCACGCCCAGUGGUGGACUAAAUCUUCCGGAUAAGAAUGGAAAUUCAGCUCAAACAGGCGCCAUCGGGGCCCUCGUAGUCUCUAAGAGCGAGAAUGAGGCUCACCCUAACAAGGAGAAGCGCCGCGCCCCUCAGGGCAAGGGCAAAGAAAACCCUUCAAAGCUGUACCGAUCUGGGAUUCAGUGGAACGACCUGCCGCCAGGCGUCCAACUGGUCGUCAUGAAGGUCCUGAGCCGCUCAGUCCGCAGCCUCAGGCAGGUCGCGUCGCUGCUUGACAUGCGCUGGACCGAGGUGCAGGAGUUCGAGAGCCUGUACAACGAGGAGCACAAGAAGAUCGCGCAGUUUGUCGAGCGGUGGAACAACAAGCAGGGCCGUGUGGAGCAGCUGAGGCUGGCGGGAAGGACGCGCGAGGCGGACGAGCUCGGCCGCAAGAGGGUCCGCGGCGCGCAGCUGGCCAUCCACGCCAACACCGAGCAACACCUCCAUUGGGGCCAGCGCUACCUCGAGUUCAUGGGCCUCCAGGACCUCGCGCGCCGCCUGCAGGACUACGUGGCCACGGGCGAGGAGCUCAUGUUCCAGAUCGGGUUCGAUGACAUGGGCGAGGUCGGCCUCGAGCCGCUCGUCUUUUCCGACGGUUUCUACCGGAUGAGCAAUGCCGAGCGCGAAAGGCUCAAGGACUUGCUCAUCAGGCGUCCGGCCCCCGACAAGGAGGAGCUGAACGCCGCGGCCCGGAUCCGUGACGGCUCGAGGAGUGGGAGGACUGCCUCGGGCCUGUCCAGGCCCAUCGGCGGCCAGAAUGUCGAUCCCUGGCCUCUGGAGGGAAACCGCUCGCAGGUUCAGCGCGAGCUCGCACCCGUGGUGCCUGCGCCUGCCCAGCAGCCCAGCCUAAAGGCCUUGCGCGAGAUGAUGCCGAGAAUUCCAAGGUCACAGAAGGCCGCGCGGCCCAUGACAGGAGAGAACCCCAAUAUGCAGUCGCAAUCGGGUGAAUCAUCCAUCAGGCCAUUGUAUUUCGGGUCUGUCGAUGACAUGUUCAAGGUGCCGUCAGGCAGCGAUCAACAAGACCAGAUCGAUGUGACUCCGGAAGUCUCGGGACCCGUCGACCAGCCGCCCGAGCCUCUGCCAGCAAACAGCCAGUCAGGCCCACAUGACCAGAACAUGCCGGCUCCCCAAAACUCCGUGCCCGUCAUCACCAUCGAGGACGAUGCGGGAGACGAUGAAGAGUACCAGGAGCCAGUGGACGGUGACAAGUCGGACGGUGACGACGAUGACGACGAUGACUAUAUGCCAGAUUCGACAUCGGUCAAGAAGUCGUCCCUCCUGAAGCCCCCUCCCGUCUCGCUCAAGAGGAAGCGGGCAGACUCUUCCGAGAACGUCGGCGGCUCGCCCAAGAGGCCGCGCCCGGACGCAGCUCUUCAGGCCACUCCAGGCGCUGUCAGGCCGAGGCCCAAGAUCGUGAUAAAGGCAUCGGCUAGGGGCCAGAUGCGCGACGCACUGGGGGACGAUGAAUACAUAGUUUGA